AUGGAGAGUCCCGCAUGUCAAAUAAUUUAUGUGAAAAGGAGUUUCGGUCCCGGACGGUCGGUAUGCUCUUCUGGAGAUGUGAAGAAGGUGCAAGGCCCUAUCCCAGAUGAGGUCAAACCGCUUCUUGAGACAUUUGACGAUGUGUAUGUGUGCGCCACGGGUCUGGCAUGCCUCGAUAAGCUCAUUGAGCUUCAUGACCAGCCGAUGCUCGGCAUGAAGCCAACCCUUGUCUUGAUAGACACCCCUCACGAGAAUUAUACCAACGAGAAUCGAUCCCAGGGAUCCGAGUCUCCCACGGCUGAUUCGCCCAACUCCUCUGCCGCUCGGAUCCAUGCGCCUGACGAGGACUUGUAUGGAUUUAACCUCCUCCAGAAAAUAAUUACCGAGGCCCGCCUCCGAAAUAUUGCGAAGCUUGUCGUUCCCAUCCCUAUUGUGAGCCAUGCGACAGCCGAUGGGCCAUUCGAACAGACGGGCGGAGCACAAGAGAUUUCCCCUGCCUCGCGUAGGGAUCUUGCCAGUAAUCGCGGGAUCAUAAGAAGGUGUCUGGAUCUCGGCGCUAUUGAUGUGAUGGUCAGCCCCAUCAGCUCUAAUUGUGUCGCAGCUCUAGAAAUCUCCGCCUAUCGGGCAGGCCGAGAUGCCGCUCGAGAACAGCAGUCGCUUCUCGCUAUCAAAAGAGGGCGACAGCGAUCAUGGGUUGGUGUGAACGAAGAGAAGCCAUUCGCAUAUCUUCGUGAAGCCAUGGUCGCGGGGCUUAUGAAGGGGAUUUGCCGUUCAGGAUCUGAAGACGAGCAGGUAACAAGUGCCCAUGUCGCCGUUUCUACAGAGCGGCAAGCCGAAGUCGCCCGAGCCGUUGGUCAAUAUCACUUUUCUAUCCAUAAUUUUAACGAUGACGAGCUCGUUGUUGCUGCUUUGGUCAUGUUUCGACAUGCUCUGUCCAUGCCGGAGCUGGAAAAUUGGCGAAUCCCUACUGAACAAUUGAUAAGCUUUUUGGUUGCCUGCCGAGCCGCAUACAACACGUUCGUCCCCUACCACAACUUCCGACACGUGGUAGAUGUGCUUCAAGCCACCUUCAACUUCCUCGUCAAAAUCGGUGCUCUUGCCGAGUAUCCCCCUACCUCGACAGACGGGGACAAACCCAAGGCUGAAAAAUCGCCCAUGGCCUCCCUCGUCGGUCCAUUCGAGGCUUUGACUCUACUCAUCACGGCUAUAGGGCAUGACGUUGGGCACCCAGGUGUUAACAAUGGAUUCCUAGUGACACUAAAUGCACCUCUAGCCCAGCUCUACAACGACAGAUCGGUGUUGGAGUCGUUCCACUGUGCUGCAUACUCGCAAAUACUUCGUCGACACUGGCCUUCUGCAUUUGAAGACUCCAAGAUGCGAAACCUCAUGAUCAGCUCGAUUCUUGCAACUGAUAUGGGCUUGCACUUCGACUACAUGAAGAAGUUAGGUGAUAUCCAAGCUAAACUUGGUGAAAAUAACACCGCCGAUGGCUGGAACGGACGGCAGGUCGAGGAAGCGAGAGACCUGGCUUGUUCACUCUUAAUCAAGUGUGCAGAUAUCAGCAAUGUGACGAGACGAUUCGAUGUUGCUACCCGGUGGAUGCACAUCUUGUCCGAGGAAUUUUCCCGCCAAGCGUCCAUGGAGGAUGAGCUGCGCAUUCCGUCCUCUUUGAUGACACCUCCCAAAAAGGAUCUGGCAUCGCUAGCCAAGGCUCAGCUGGGCUUCAUGAACCUUUUCGCGAUCCCAUUGUUUCAAGGAGUCGCCGACAUCAUGCCGACUUUGGUUUAUGCUGCGGAGGAGCUUGACAUUAAUAAGGGCCUUUUUCAGACCAUGGUGGACGAAGAGAAGGCCAAGCUUGAAAAACAACACCUGACCCCUGAAAAUACCUUUUCUCCCCGCACAAUGAGCUUCGCCGCAGGCAUGGAGGAUGAAGAUGCUGGGUUGAAGCAAAAAGAGCGACAAAGCGAGAUCGAGGCUAGACUUGCUACCCUGGUUGUAGCUCAGGAGCGAGACGAAGACGCUCUGGGUUCUGAGCAUCAUCCAGAGAUGGAUCCUCUAACCAUUCCGUCCACGGGCGAGGAGUACAAGGGGGUAAAUGGCGGGGCAUCGGUUUUAGAUGGGAUGAAAACUCUCGUCGAUUUUGACCCUUUCAACGGAACUAGCCAAAACUUCAGCGGCACCAAUUCCACUGAGACCACGAUUCCUGUUCGAAACAGGCAGAGGUGCAGCGAAACAACCGAGGGAAGCACAUCCGGAGGUUUGUCUGGUGAUUGGGUGUCGCAGGCCACGAGCAGUGCCACGGGCAAGAUGCCCAUGUCUCCAAGUACGAAGGGCACGAGCAUCGUGAGCAGAGACUCCCUGGAGCGACCAAGCAGCGCUCCAGGCCCCGAAGGCAACCGUACAUUGGGAGUGGAACCCAUAUCAAAGAAAGUGAGCGCCAGCGAACAGACGGUUUCCACAUCCACGGGCAGCCUGGGGAAGGCAGAAGGCAAAGCUCUCCGGAAGAAGACGAGCCGGUUUAGAAUGAAGGAUUUCCCUUUUUUCAGACGGCACAAAGCCUCGAGCCCGACCUGCCAAGCGACAAACAGCGUGAGCUGA